AUGGCGCACCGCUUCGUGUUUACCGCCUUCCUCACGGGCUCCCGCAUCCUGGGGCGGUCGUUCAUGGCCGCGUACCGACAAGCCCAGGCGGCGUCCAACUACCAGCGCGCCCAGGCCAAGGUCAACGGCGGCUCCUCCGCCCGCGCUUCGCUGUCGUCGGGCAUGACACUCGACGAGGCGUGCCGCAUCCUCAACGUCAAGCCCCCGGCGAACGGACAGGCCAACGUCGAGGAGGUGCUCGAGCGGUACAAGCGACUGUUCGACGCCAACGAGCCGCAGAAGGGCGGCAGCUUCUAUCUGCAGAGCAAGAUUGUGCGCGCCAAGGAGCGAUUCGAGCGGGAGAUUGGGCCGAUACGAGAGAAGGCGGAGGCGGAGGCGGAGACCAAGGAGGGAUGGAAGCCCAAGGUCUACAAGGACCGGUAG